AUGAUUUGGGACCACUGUUACAAUAUACCUCCACAGCGGAGCGAUGGUGAGAUGAGAAGGAAGGAGCCUCAGACCCAGCCAAACCAGGAGGAACAAAGCCAUCGAACCAGUGAAAUUGCCAAUGCUAUAAAGGAAUACCAAAUCGUUAAUGUUCCCGGCGAUGGAAAUUGCUUUUUUCACUGCCUGAAUGAUGUUAUACCUGGACAAAGGAACCCCUCUGGCCAUAAGCAGUACAGAACACUGAUAUGUGGGUAUAUUCUAAGCACAUGGGACGAGCACAAAGCCAUGGUUGAAGUAUGCCAUGGAAUAAAAAGUCAAGAGCAGUAUCAGGAGACGAUGCUUAAAAGGAGUGGAUACGCAACAUCAUGUGAAGUCCAAGCUGCAGCAAAUCUGCUGAAAUGUUCCUUCAACAUCUUGUUGGAAGGAAGGAAGUUGCAUAAUGAUGGUACCAGAAAGACCACUUAUUACAACGAAACUAUUGAGACUGAUGACGCACUGAUGCACAUUACUCUCUUACUACGAGAACAACACUACAGCAUUUUGAUGCCGCCAGAGCAAACAGCUCUUCCACCUGUACCAACCAAGAUCACUUUGAUGCCGCCAGAGCAAACUGCUCUUCCACCUGUACAAACCAAGAUCACUUCCACUAAGGUAAACAAGAACUCUUCACCAGAAAUAAAAAGACGGCAGUCAAAGCGAUUGGGAAUUGUUCCCCUGGAGCCAUCUGAGACAGAGAGCGCAAGUGCAAAGAAAAAAAGACGGUGGAACAACAGCCGCCAAAACCAGAACCAUCAAUACCAGAUAAAGUAA